AUGCAGCAAGGAGCAACUUCCAGCCUGCUAGCUUCUCUAUUUGCCGCUCUCGUUUUAGCAACAGUGGUUUCCAGCACAGCCAUACCCGCAAACACUCGCAAUGUCACCCUAAAGUACCCCGAAAACCCUACCAUUUCCGUCACCAACACCAGCUCCCCCAACCAAGAGCUCAUAUGCUGGGCUUCAUCCAACAACCCCUCUUACGCGGCCUGCAAAAGCCUUUGGGACGGAGUGAAGAAAGUCGCGUGGUAUUCAGAUACACUCACAUUCGGCAAGACUCAACCCAUGGCUCCGGGUCCGGGUGGUACCUUCCACACGCCUAACGCAUGGUUCAACGGUGGCUGCGAGUUCGUGAUCCGGAACAACCCGUACAUAUUACCACAAGAAGACGAUAAAUUCAGCCUUGAGGAUAUUGAGCAGGAGGUUGAAGAACUUCUCGAUGGAUGUGUGAAAGACCAGGGAAAGAGCGGGGCAUUGGAGGUGGGACCUAGGGAGAAGAUGAUCGCAGAGUUCUUGGGGCCUAGGAGUGGACUAGUAGGAGACGGGCAAUUGCAAUUGGAGCCUGUAGUAGCAAGCACGGCAGAGGAAGCUUAG